AUGGAUCAUAUACCGUCGUUGCCCAAGUCCAUCAAGGGGAACACCGAACUGCUCAUUUGGGUCGACCUUUUCUCGGGAUAUGUGAUUGCAAAGGCUAGCUCCUCUCGGACGGCACAAACAAUAGCGGAGAAUUACGAAGAAUGUGUGUUUCGACGCUUCGGAGCUAGCAAGGCUAUCAGGCACGAUCGAGAACCGGGAUCUAUGUCCGACUUCUUUCGAGCCUUCAGCCGGAUCGUAGGACAAAAACAGCGUGCUACUAUGGCUUACAGGCCACAAGCAAAUGGAACAGCCGAACGAAUGGUGCAAACCCUGACACAUUCGCUCAAGAUGUAUGUGGCUGAAGUUGAUCAGCGAGACUGGGAUGAGUAUGCUGAGCGGCUCACAUUUGCCAUUAACACUGCACAAGAUCGGAUCCGGGGGGAUACCCCGUUUUAUCUGAUUCAUGGGUGGGACCCACGAUCGACUUUGGAGGCUACGCUACCAGUGGGGAAUACGGGGACACGAGAUCGCGAUCCAAAGAGGUGGAGAUACAAAAUCCAAAGACAAUACCAGCGAGCCCGAUCUGCAGUGAAUGAUCGUUUACAAGCCGCGAUCCAGGAGCGAGCAGAUCGACACAACGAAGAUCUGGAACCACACGAGAUCGAAGUAGGAGCGCAAGUUUGGCUAUACCUGGACCGAGUUAAAGAGGGAUAUGCGAAGAAGCUAGCGCACAUGUGGCAUGGGCCAUUCCGAGUUGCGGACGUAAAGACGUUCCCUGAACGCCCGAAGGAUCAGCUUACGAUAGAGGAAUCAGAUCGCUUGGAUUUCGAUGAAGCUCUGCUGCCAGAAGACAGUUGGGAUGGCGAUCUUGAAGAAGGGGAAUACGAAGUAGAGGCAAUAUUGGACGUGCGAUCUGGUAGAAAAACCCGUUAUGGGCGAGUACACCGGCAGUUUCUGGUGAAGUGGAAGGGAUAUCCCGAUCUAAGUUGGGUGGACGAGGCCGAUCUAAGUUGUGGGGCGAUCUUGCAAGAGUUUGAGCGGAACCGAGUGAGUCGAAACCGUUUCGACGUAAUGCAGUCUCAUGAAGGCGAGUUGGACGAACCUUAA